AUGUCCGCUCUUCCUUUCGAGUUGGAGCAAGAUAUUUUUGAAAACGCUGCCAACAGUGACCGUCGUUCGGCCUUGAAUCUGGCCUUGGUGGCCCAGCGAGUACGGUUCUGGGUGGAACCUGUCAUUUACAACUGCGUCGCACUGCAAUAUGGAGGUAGCGAUUCAGCAAGAGUCUUGGAGGGAUUUAUUUCUGCCAUGAAGACCAAGCCCGCCUCGUUUUUUGCUAGAUAUGUCAAGACACUUCUCCUCUCUGACAUUCCGGCGUGCUUCAUGAUGGAGAUUCUUGCAGUCUGCACCGGCAUUACAGAUCUUAGAGUAUGGCCAUACACUCCAUCAGCCGUCGCGCAAUUUGUCGUUGCCAGCUCCAUCCGCCCCACUCACCUGUCUUUUUCUGCUGAGCAACUCGCAGCACAUAGUCGCGCCCCAAACUUUGCCCUUCCAUUUUACCAGGAGCUUACGCAUCUGGAACUACAUGAUACCUGGGGCCAGUUAAUGGCCUGGGCACCAAAUUUUGCAAUGCUCCCGCAAUUGACACACCUUGCUUUCGUAUUUGGUUCCCCAUUCUCGAGCGGCGCUAUAGCCAGCUAUGCCCUAAGCGCCAUAUUGGUAAACUGCAGCAAGCUCAAGGUCUGCGUACUUCGUUGCAUACUCAGCGAGGAUGAACUUCGGUUUGGGCAGGAUGCAGCGAUUGCCAAAUCCAUCACGGAUCCCCGUGUCGUGGUCGUGGGUUGGCGCCGUUCACAGGCGAGGUGGGCGGGUGGCCAAAAUCAGAAUGGCACGUGUUUAUCCUGCAGUAAUGUUAGGACGAAGAUGCCAGUGGACAUUUAUGCGCGGUGUAGACAUAUAUUAUGACUAUGCUCCAUUUCGUUACUAUUUGUACGAUCAACCUGUAGGGACAGUGAGCUUGAUGUGUAGAAUAAGUAUGGUGAUAGACUGUAGGCCAGCGAUCGUCGUACCAUACACGGUUGAGUGGACCAAAACAGUGCGCUAUAUGUACGUCUGAGCCGUCGGAUGCAUAUGAAAUGCUGUGACGAGUGAUGUGUGCGAGAUCACGCUACAACUAGACACUUUCAACGAGAUGCAAGGAUGGCAGGGUGUGGUCGAAUGGUCUAACAAUAUAAGAUUACUGUGUUAGUUAGCUUCAUCCACUGGACAAAUUGAACCGUUUAGUAGGUGGUCGUUGCAAACGGCGAGCGUUACGUAUGAUAAAAAAUGAGCAGGACUUGUAGACCGUGCCACCAUCCU